AUGGCGGAGUUUCAGCGGCUGGGAAUCCGCAAGUUUCCCAAAGUUUCUAAAAGUCAAACAAGCGAAACGAGAUAUUGGAGAAAACUCAGCUUUCCGAUUGUUGUCAAAGAAUAUGGUGCUGUUAGCCACGUGGAUUUCUGUCGUAACAAGCCACAUGAUUUUGUCGCUACUAGUUCAUCCCGUAUCCAGAUUUACAGUUCCAAUACACACCAAGUGAAAAAGUCAUUUUCAAAGUUUAAGAACAAAGUUCACUGUGGCAGUUUUAGGAAUGAUGGACAGUUACUAAUUGCAGGAAUAGAGAAUGGCUCAGUACAGCUUUUUGAUGUCAACACACGCUCUGUUUUAAGAGAAUUUAGGCAACACACUGGCUCUGUUCAGGUUACCAAGUUUUUGUUGGAUAACUUGCAUGCCAUGUCUGGAUCAGAUGACAACUCUGUCAUGUGUUGGGACAUAGCAACAGGUCAAAAUCUCAUCACAUUCAACGAACAUCAGGAUUAUGUACGGUGUGGUGUUGUUAGCCAAACCAAUAAAGACAUCUUCAUAACAGGUUCCUAUGACCAUUGUCUAAAGGUCUGGGACAAACGUAGGCAAGGGAGUGUUUUAUCCAUGGACCAUGGACACCCAGUGGAAUGUGUGCAGAUCUUUCCGACAGGUGGAAUUUGUAUCUCCGCAGGAAGUAACAUAAUCAAAGUCUGGGACAUAUUAGGAGGUGGCAGACUGCUAGCAGGGUUUUCAAACCAUCAAAAAACAAUAACAUCUAUUUGCUUUGAUGGAGAACACCAGCAUCUUUUAUCUGGGUCACUUGACAGGCACGUUAAAAUCUAUGAUGUCCGAGAUUAUACAAUCGUUCACAACAUGGAUUAUCCUUCACCCAUUCUUAGUCUUGCAGUCUCACCUGAUGAUACACAUGUUGUGACUGGUAUGACAAAUGGAUUCCUCUCCAUUAAGUAUCGAUUGAAACAAACAGCUGAAGACCAGGUUCCAACAACUAAGAAGCUUACUGCUGGAACAUAUCGUUACUUUGUGCGUGGCAAAAAUUUCAAGCCACAGGAGGAUGACUUUGUUGUCUCAGCACCCAGGAAGCACAAGUUGAAGGAACAUGAUCAGUUAUUAAAGAAGUUUGAAUAUUCUAAGGCCCUUGAUUCAGUACUACGAAAGCCUGCCUUUGGUCGUGCUCCUCUCCUUGCCAGUCUUCUUCAAGAGUUGAUUCGGAGAAGGGGCCUGAGGAGAGCUUUGGCUGGAAAGGAUGAAGAUGGCCUGGUCCCCAUUUUAGAGUUCCUCAUAAGAUACAUCAGCAAUCCCCGGUAUACCGUCCUACUCACUGAUGUGGCAAAUACAGUCCUUGAUAUCUAUGGACCUGUAUUUGGACAGUCUGAAAAAGUUGACCAGCUAUUCACCAAGUUACGCAACAAGAUUGGUGCUGAGAUAGACUUUCAACAGAAAGGAUUUGAGUUACUUGGUAGUUUGGAUACUUUGUUUGCUACCACAAUGGCAUCAACAGCACCAAGUUCUGGCUAAUGAAUAACACCCAUGGGCUGGUGUGUGUAUUAUUGUGGAAGAUUGCAGCUUUUUGCACAGUCAAUGUCAAUGACAAAAAGUGCCAGAUCAAGACCCAAGUUGGCAAACUUUACUCUGGAAGUCUUAUUCACCAAAACCCAAAGUCUGAGCCAUGAUCAAACCAAGUGAAACAGUUGGUGAACAGGGAUUUUUUGCCUUGAAAAUAGUGCAAGCCACAGAUUACAGGAAAAUAACAAGGACUUGGAAGAGAGGAAAAACAAAUGAAGCAAAGUGAAAAUAAUAUUGAGGAGAAGGGAAAUAAGUGGACUUGAGUUUCAAAUAUAUGUGGUUUAUAAGAGCCAUUUAAGAACAGAGCAGUUUUGUUUACAACAGAACUACUUGAACUUGGUCAUUUGAACAACCCAUAAUGCUGAAGGAUACAAACUAUGCAAGUUUCUAGUGUAAUAUUUUGGAGUAAAUCGAUAAUGGUGAUGAUUUGCCACCUAGGAUGGGUUAAAUUUGUAGAGUAAAACCUUCCACUUAGUGGGCUGCAUUGUAAGUGUAUUAAUUCUUGAUGGACCAGUAGAGCAUACUGUAGUUCAGACUAGCCACAUAACAACAAAACCAUAACGACAUAAGGAGGAUGUUUUGUCGUUAUGUUUGCAAAGUGAACAUCCUGACUUAAUAGCAACAUAGCAACAUGAACAUAACAUAAGGAAAAAACCUGAUUUUUUCCUUGUUUUCAUGUCGAUGUUCACAUUGCUGACAUACUGUAAAUCCUCAAAUUAGUGCCCC